CACUUUUUCUACCUCUUCGGGUUGGAGAAUUCCCUUCAGAAUGACUUUGGAAACAAAAAGGCUCGUGAGGAGAGAGUAGCAGCCAAAGUGCAAGCUGUGAGCGCAGGACAAAGUCCGCUUUACUGAGUCAUUUAACUCUCCUCCCCCUCGUCCUCCCCUAUGAAGCCGUCUAAUGUUACACCCCGUGUGAGGCUCUACCUGCCCAGGUGAGCUGCAGUGUUUUCGGUGAACGUUGCCAGUGAAUCUACGUUUGCUAAACUUGGUGUCUCCAUUGGUGUUCGUCCAGUCUGUGCUGAGCCACUCAAACCAUUUGUGAUAUCAAAGACACCUCACUAAGCUUCACAUCUACCUGCAGCUGUGCUCCCAGACUGAGGUGUCAGGUCGGAUCCAGCUGCUGACAGAUCUGCGCUGCUGAUGUGCUCCUCACCAGAACUUGAAGGACUUCCAUAGUCUCCCCCACCGUGGACAUUACAGUGGACAGCCUGACGUUGCAAUGGCCGAAGCAUCACCACCGACUCUUUCUCCAUCUGACUGCCUGCCAGAGCCUCCCCCUCCUGACCUGUGUGCCUCGUGUGGCCACAGACACCUGCUGGAGGAAAACCAUGAAUACGAUUACAAAGAUGAGGUGGACGAUGAUCUCACAUGCCACAUCUGCCUGCAGCCGCUGAUCAGGCCCCUGGACACACCCUGUGGACACACCUACUGCCAGGAGUGUCUCACCAGCUUUCUGCUGGAGAGCGACUUCUGCCCUGUGUGUCGAAUGCCCCUCAUGCUGCAGAGCUGCAGGAAGCCCAGCCUGCUGGUGCACAAGCUGCUGGACAAGCUGAUGGUGGCUUGUCCGUUCACCGAUCACUGUACAGACAUGAUGCAGCGCAGUCAGCUCGAAGAUCACAUCAAGAGCAGGUGUAAAGGAGCCUCUCACUAUGGGCUCUCCACGGACAGGAAGCGACGCUCACAGGAGGGCGAAUGCACCGACAGCACUUCAGAACUCACCAUUGCCACUCUGCCCAGUGACAGCCCCACAUCUGCCACUGUGGCCCUCUUGUCAGACGAGCCUGGUCUGGUCAAUCCUGCCUUUGACCCCAACAUGGAGGACAACAGCCAGUCAGGCAGCAUGACUAGCCUGGCCACCCGCAGCAGUGCCAAGAAGAGUGAGUUCAGAAAUUUUGACCGUUCCUCAGUGAGGAGCCGAUCCUUCAGGAGGUUGAAUCGGGCUCUCAGUGUCCUGCGGAGGACCAAGAGCGGCAGCGCAGUCAACAAUGACACCAGCGAGGACAGAGACAAUGCCAGAAACGCCACUGUGCCACCAGAAGUGCUGGCUCUUCCACAGCUCCAUCACCUGAUCCCAGAUGGUGAAGUUACCAGCAUUAAGAUCACUCGGGUGGAUCCCUCAGACCCAUUGGCCAUCAGCAUUGUUGGGGGUAAUGAAACGCCCUUGGUUCGCAUCCUCAUUCAAGACAUCUAUACAGAAGGCAUUAUUGCACGUGAUGGACGUUUGCUGCCUGGGGACAUGAUCCUCAAGGUAAAUGGUAUUGAUAUCAGCAAUGUACCACACUGCUAUGCCACAGCAGUCCUCAAACAGCCUUGCCAACUACUACGACUAACCGUGCUCAGAGAACAACACCAUCGCUACCGGUCACAUGGCUCAUAUGGCUAUGGGCAUGGUUAUGACAUUGCUGCAGGCCACCCGUCUCAUGGUGCACCUCAACAUCCUUUGAGGGAUGAUAGCGUCCAUGUGGUGCUGAAUAAAAGCACUCCAGAUGAGCAGUUGGGCAUUAAGCUGGUGAGGCGGCCAGACGAGCACGGAGUCUAUGUAUUUCACCUGCUGGAGGGAGGCCUGGCUGCACGUGAUGGACAGUUGUGUAUUGGUGACCGUGUCCUGGCUAUCAAUGGCCAUGAUCUACGUUACGGGGCACCAGAACAUGCCGCUCUACUUAUCCAGGCAAGCGUGGAAGUUGUCCACUUCAUAGUGUCUCGUCAGAUCUGCCUGCCAACCCCAGAUAUCUUACAAGAAGCUCCAUGGGGCAUGGAUGGUCCUCCACCGUAUUCCCCUGUGGACAUGGAGCAGACACUACUGGACUCCUGUCAGAAGCCUGCGUGCUACGAGAAGACCGUUACCCUGACGAAGGAGCCGUACGACUCACUGGGUAUGACAGUGGCAGGAGGAAUGUCCAGCCGAAGUUGGGACCUCCCCAUCUAUGUCACUAAUGUAGACCCCAAUGGAGUGGUGGGACAGGAGGGGUCCAUCCGCAAAGGUGACAUUCUCCUAAACGUGAACGGGGUGGAUUUGACAGGUGUGACGCGAAGCGAAGCAGUGGCCAACUUGAAGAACACCUCCUCUCCAGUCAUGCUCAAGGUCUUGGAGAUGCGUCAUCCGGAGGAAAGCCUCCCAGAGUGCGCCAUGCAGCCAUGCCUCACGCCAUCACUCCCGGACAGCACAAAGAGCCCGCUGUCGAAUGACGAUUACUCCCCAAUGUGGGUUUCAUGGCUGCAGCUACCAAGGCACCUCUACUGCUGCAAAGACAUUGUGCUGCGACGGAGCACUUCAGGCAGCCUGGGCUUCAGUAUUGUUGGAGGUCAGGAAGAGGUCAACUGCAAUCAGUCCUUUUUUAUCCGCUCCAUUGUCGAGGGGACGCCAGCUUAUAACGAUGGCAGGAUAAGAUGUGGCGACAUCCUGCUUGAGGUGAAUGGGACGAGUACAUGGGGGAUGACUCAUACAGCGUUGGUGCGCCUCCUGAAAGAGCUUCGGGGCAAAAUUACUUUGACCAUCGUCUCCUGGCCGGGAAGCCUGCUGUAGCAGCGCUUUGACCAAUGUGCACACCCUCAAUGGCAGUAACUAAAGAAUGUGGAUCAUUACACUGGAUGACCACCCUAAGCUGUGUGGGUGGGGCUUAGAGUAGCACUGUACAUAUGGCUAUGUAACUUCUGAUGGACAGCAAAGUCUUUGCCAGAAGUUUGGGGAGGAGCAGAAAGACUGGAUUGUUACCAGACACCAAGUUGUCCUUCCAAGAACACUGAUCUCAAAGGUUCCAGGUCUGAUGUAUCAGUUUGGUCAUUCUCUUGCACAGCAUCCAGAUGAUCAAAAGCAGACAAAACAUGUUGCCAAUUCAGUAGUUACAUAUUAGGUUACGCAUACAGCUGGAUUCACAUUUCUGUGCUGUAAAUGUUUGUGAUGUCUCAAAAAAUGUACUGAUCCAAGCAGUUGUAAUAAGUUUCAUUUGUUAGUUUGUGGUAUGGCCUUUAAAUGUGUUUGUACUGACAGUGGUCACCAUCUUCAUUCCAACGACAAGUUGCCAAGUAGUAUUCUGUAAAGAUGUUUUUUUUCUUUGAUUUCAGAUGCUAUGGCUAAAUUAUCAAACCACUGGCCAGAAAAAAAAUCUAUAUGAAAAAAUAUGUGUUCAUAACGUGUUAAAAAUUUCUUAGGUGACAUUGUGGAGGCCUUACUAAUUUUAUUACUUUUAAGAAAAAAAUUGACUUGGUUUCUGUGUUUCAGUGAAUGGCUGGUCUGGAGCCUGUGGACUGUGAUUCUGUCUGUCCCAGUUUGGCCUGUGUAGUAUAUCUGAUGGUACAUUUGGUAAAAUGAUCAAUAAAGUCAUAUGAAAAA